CAUAAUGCAUAAGCUCAAUCUCUUGGUAGUGUUUUGGUCCUUGUGCCAAUUUGCCAAUUCCAUGUCUACGGAUGACCAGGAGAUUGGUGCAGUUAAGUGGGCAACAAAAUUCGAAAUUCAAAUUGGCAACAAAUUCUAUCACUUUGAGACAAAUAAGGCAAAUUGGUUCCAGGCAGCAAAUCACUGUCGCGAGUUGGGCGGCUAUUUGCUUAACUUUGAAAGCAGCGAGGAAAUGGAUGCGAUCUUACCUAUUUUACCACAGGGACAAAUACAGUUUUGGACGUCUGCUCAUUGCUUGUCUGGAAAUCGGAAAUUUAUUUCGGUUACUAGUGGAGAGCCUAUGCCUUAUAUGAGAUGGUUUCCCAAUGAGCCAAACAAUUUAAAUAAUAAUGAAUUUUGUGUGGAACUCAGAAUCAAUGGUGGAGCUCUAAAUAACAUUCAUUGUACAAACAAGUGGACAGGUUAAAGUUGGGCGCCACCAACAUUUAAAUACACUUUGACUAGGGUAUCGCA